AUGCAUCGUCUUUUUGCUGAGCUGGAGCCAUCUUUAAUCGUCACAGAGCAAAACCUGGCAGACCGAGUUCGGUAUAUCUUGCGCUCAAAUAUAUUUGAUGUCGCCGAACUCGAACGGCUACGACGUGAGGCUGUUCCCUCGUCGGAUGAGAAUGCUACGGCUGAGGAUGCGGCGCCACAAAUGGUAGAGCAACCCGCAAACGUGGAUGCCGCCGUGAAUACCCCAGUUGUGGUUGAUUCAAACGAUGAUGGAACACUCGCCCAGGAACUGGAAUUAGAGCAUAUGAGGAGUAUAUUGGAAGAGGCGAUUGUGGAAACGCGCAGUACGCCUCUCGAAAAUCGACCGCGACUUCCCCGCAUAGCCCUAAGCAAGCGGAAUCGGGCUGUCGUGAGGGCUCUGAACCCAAUGCUGGUUACCUAUUUGGAAGCCAGCCGGGACCUUUGCGAGACGGACUCAAUUCUUUUUGGCGCCGCGCUGGCAGUCUGCCGUAUCAUAGGCGCCAAGGUUUCCACGGCUGGACGCGCUACUGGCCAUAGUAGCGCUAUCCCAGCAUGGAGAAGAAGAAUUGAGGAACGUAUCGCAAAGCUAGAGCUCUCAUCGGCAGACUGA